GUCGAAAUACGCUUUCAGGUUCCCCCUCGCUUCCGGUCGGCGUCGCCGUCCUGCAGCGGAGCUUCCGGCCACCACCGGCAACGGCUUAACGCGGCGGGUGGCUGCGUGCGUUGGCUCCUUCGACCGAACCGUGGCCGUGCGACGAAGCCACGACGGCGCGGAAUUAGGCGGAAUCGCGGAGGACUCGCGCCUGCCGGAGCCGUUCGGUUGGCCGCGACGGCGACAUCAUCGGAUCGGCGACUGUUGGAAAUGGGCAAAUGGUCCGCCGCAUGUGUAGUCUGCUAAAUCCAAAUCUGUUGAACUGGCUCACAAAAUCACAGGUGUUCACAGUCCAGAAUAUUACAGUACAGUAAUCUUCUACAACCAUUACUUACUUCAUGUUCACACACUAGACCGGAAGGUUAGUGACUGGGGUUCUCCUUUAUGCAAGAUGAAGCGCAACUUUGUCCGGUCUGUUAAGAGUGUCCCUGUUCUUAACAAGGCUCUCAAGAAAAUUACUCAUCGCGACAGUCUGAAGAGAUUGAUGAAAUCUGUGGAUAGUUUGGACGAGGCUGCUAAAGGUGUUGUUAGUUUCCUCAAUCUCACAGACCAUCUCAGUGGAGGUUCUUCUGCCAGUAGUCCGCAGCAAUUGCAGAAGCUUGUGGACAUUAGUCGCCAGACUGGUUCCACAUUAAGUGCAACCAUUUUUGUUGGAAGAGAAAAGGAGAAAGAACAGAUUGCUGGAUGGCUGGCCAACACGUCAGCUGAAUUGGCUGAAACUGGGGGGACAAGGACCAACAACAUUCCUAUUAUUUCAGUGGUCAUGGGAGGAGUCCGUUAAGAGAGACCUGAAGGUUUGGAAUAUCGACAAAGAUUUAGCCAUGGAUAGGGGUGCGUGGAAGUUAGCUAUCCACGUUCCGGAACCAUGACUUGGCUUCGAGAUCUUAUGGGUUUCAACUCUAGCCUACCCCAACUUGUUUGGGACUGAAAGGCUUGGUUGUUGUUGUUGUUGUUGUUGUUGUUGUUGUUGGUCAUGGUGGCAUGGGGAAAACUACUUUGGCUCAGAGCAUAUGCGAACAAGAGGAGGUUCUGAAGCAUUUUAAGGUCAUCUGGAUUACUGUAUCUACUAGCUUUGACGCAACAUCAUUGACAAGUAAAAUACUGGAAUGCGCUAUGGGUGCAAAACCAAGUGCUGAUCAUUUGGAACCACUACAGCAAGAUCUCAAAGAGAAACUCAUGUCUAUUAAAGUUUUGCUAGUUUUAGAUGAUGUUUGGGAAGAUAACAAAAGAGAUGAAUGGGAAAAGUUAUUUGCUCCUCUGAGGAAAUUGAAUACCGGGAGCAAAAUUUUGUUGACAACCCGAAUGCAGUCUGUAGCAGACAUGGCUGUAAGGGUGAUGGGAGUCAAAAGAGACUAUUGCCUGACAUUACACGGAUUGGAAGAAGAUGAAAAUCUUGAGCUCUUCAUACACCAUGCCUUUUCUGGGUUGAAUCCAGGAGAUUAUCUAUAUUUAAAGUCAAUUGGAGGACAGAUUGCAAAGAAGCUGAGAGGAUGUCCCUUGGUAACCAAGGUUGUUGGUGAGCAUUUGCAAGGUAAUAUGACGUUUAAAUACUGGAGAAGAUUCUUGGAUCAAGGAUUGGAACAUUUUGAAGGAACCGAAGAUGAUAUAGUGACGGUUCUCAGGUUAAGCUACUACCACCUACCAAUAGAGCUACAGAUUUGCUUUCGAUAUUGUUCCAUAUUUCCGCAGAACCAUGAAUUUGAAAAGAAAGAACUGGUGCAACUCUGGAUUGGUUCAGGAUUGAUCUCACGGCCUGCAAGUAGCACUCAAACUUUGGAGGAUACGGCAGAACACUUCUUGGCCCAGCUAACUAGAAAAUCAUUCUUUGAUCUGAAAACCAAAGCUGGUGGAUUCUUAUUAAAUGAAAAAACUGGUGGAUCGAAACAAGAAAGUUAUGUAAUGCAUGACUUGAUGCAUAAAUUAGCAAGGAAUGUGUCCACCGGUGAAUGUGCAAGAAUAGAUGAUCCUGUCCAGCUUAAAGAUGAGAAUGAUACCAUUAGAUACCUAUGCAUUGACAAUAUUCACAGUUUCUCUGCUGACGAUGUGAAGAAAGUCUCCCAUUUUAAGAACCUGCGUGCUAUUAUUUUUUAUAAUAACCAGCGUGUAGAAGAUGAUAUAGUUUGUGCACUUGAAAUGAUUGUUACGAGCUCAAAAUCAUUGCGUCUAGUCCAUUCAAAACUGAGAAACACAUUCCGGUUUGCCGACAAGUUUGGUAACUUAAAACAUCUUCGGUAUAUCUAUGUGUUUGUGAUAUCACCAGACAUGAUAUGUGGGAUUGCAAAACUUUAUCAUUUGAUGGUACUUCACUGUGGUUCGGGUGGUUUGGAGAAAGAAACAUAUCAAGUGAGAUAUUUAGGGAACCUUGAGCGUUUGAGGUAUGUAUCCUAUGGAGUUCGUGGAUUUGGUAAUUUUGGCAUAAGCAGGCUCACUUCUCUUCAGGAAUUACAUGACUACCAGGUAGGAGGAAGAAUAUGCAACGAAAUAAGUGCAAUCGGGAACUUCAGAGAUCUGUGUGAAUUGGUUGUGAGGGGUCUUGACAAUGUUGAGAGUUAUGAAGAAGCUAAGAAUGCCAAGUUGAAGGAAAAACAGCACCUCAGUUCGUUAUUUCUUGAGUGGUCGGCACCUGAUCAAAUCAUAACAGAUGGCCUGGUUCUUGACCACCUUGAGCCACAUGCUAAUAUUAGGGUAUUGGUAAUACAGGGAUAUGAUGGUCCCAAAGUUCCAUUUUGGAUUGAGAACCGCUCUGUCAAAAACCUGGUAUCACUCAAGUUAAUAUGCUGCAUAAAUUGGGAAUACCUUCCCCCUCUUGGUGAGUUAGUAUUGCUAAAGCUUCUACAGUUGGACAAACUUCCGAAGCUACGGCAGAUUGGUCAAUCAUCUGAUAUGUCAAGUAGUAGCUCCAUGGGUUUGUUGUUACCUGAAAGCCUUUAUACUCUGGAAGUAACUGCAUGCCGAAAACUGACGGAAUUACCUAUGCUACCUUUAGACCUAGUAGUAUUGAAAAUACAUCAUGUUCGGGUGAAGAAACUUCCUAUGAUUGGCAAGAUAUCUGGUGAGAUCAUUGAGUCCAAACCCUCUAAGUUGGCUUGCGUAAGUGUCAGCAGAUGUCGAUAUUUAACUUAUCUGGAAGGGAGCCUUUUGGAGCAAAAACUGUACAUGGGAACUGUCCAGGUCCUAACUGUUGAUGAUUGUAUACAUCUGGAGUCCAUGUCCAUACCAUUUGAAGAAAUGAAAGAACUUCAAGAGCUCACAGUAAGGGGAUGUCCAAAGUUGAGGACGCUGAGAGAUGCCAAAGAUAUGCUCGUGCCAUCGUCACUAAAUAAACUAACUAUUGCCUUCUGUGGUGAUGUGGAACUUCCACUUCUUGGGCCACGACGACUGCUCACCAACUUGUCUGUGCUGAUGCUGCAGAACUGCUCGAGCCUGGUAUCUCUUCCCUCUGUGGAUGUGUUCAAGAGUCUAGGGUCGAUGCGGUACAUGCACAUAACGGGAUGCGAGAAUCUCUCGUCCUUGGGAGGGCUUGGAUCACUUCCCUCCCACAUCAGGUUAAGUAUCUCCGAGUGCAAUAAACUCGCACAGGCUGCUGAGUCCUCGCUAACUCGUGUUACAUGUGGUUCUGGUUCUGGUGAAGAAGAAGAACAUCUGGUGGAGCCCUGCAGCUCACUUCAGAUACAUGGUCUUAACAUUGAUCUGCCGUCCUUGCUGUUUCUUGAGCCACUCAAGAGUCUCCGCCACACUAAAUAUUUGGUCAUUGGUAAUGGGUCAGAGAUGGAGAGCUUACCUGAAAAAUGGUUGCUACAGAACCGUCAAUCCCUCCAACAAUUGGAUAUAUCUAAAGCAGAUUCCUUGAAAUCGCUCACACCAAGCAUGCAAGACCUGUGCUCUCUCGUGCUUUUGCACCUGUUUGGUUCUGGGCAACUUCAGUCACUUCCAUAUCUGCCCCCCUCCUUGAAGAGUCUCAUUCUUCCAAACUGCCAUCCAGACCUGGAGAAGAAGAUCAGAAAACAUGGAAGCCCUGAAUGGAACAAGAUUACCCACAUCCCUGUUGCGCGAAUAGGACAGUUGGUAUUUUGUCAUGGGAAGAGAAGCUUCCAACAAACUAAGUCAUAGUGGCCGCAGCUUGCCUACAAGUGGUGGCUGCGCUAGUGGAAGAAACGGUUUUGUCUCAAGAAUGCUUGCUAUCCUAAACCUUCCGUUGUUCAAGAGAAUGCUGACGAGAAGCUUCAGUGACCAUCCAAAAGCUCUUGAUCAGAUAUUUCACCUUAUGCCGCUUGACAAGAUGCCAUGUUCUGCCAGAUGAUACUUGCUGAGUUCAAGAAUUUGAGGGAAAGAAUAAACUAAACGUUCAGCUCAGUUAUAAGUUUGUGCAAACUGCAGCCUUGUUACAUUUCAAUCUGUGACUGAAGAGUCUCCACUUUGUUAUAAUUGUGUCGAAUAUAUGUUACGGUUAGGACACAAGUUUAGGAUUUGGGGUUGUAAUAGGGAUACGGUAGAGUCUGUGCUGGACUCUCUUAUUAGCUGGGCAUGUCAUCAGGUGCAGUAAACUCACCGAGGCUGCUGAUGUAUCCACUAGUAGCCAACUGAGACCGGUACACUGUUGGUGAGGUGUAAUUCCUUUAUACAUGGCUGAUGUUUAUUUGGAGCACAUGUAAAGUGAUGUCUAAUUUAUACUGUUUUGUGUAAA